AUGUCCCUUCUCUUUCCUUCAAGGGGUUUCCUGACAGCAGACGAGGGCACCAAAUCCCAAAUCUGCUUCCUUCCAGAGUCCCUUCCCAAGCCCUCCCUCAGGGCCUGGCCCAGCUCGGUGGUGCCUCCCAAGAGUAAUGUGACACUGCAGUGCCAAACGUCUACCAAGAAUGUCAACUUUGUUCUCAGGAAGGGAAAAGUUAUAUUGCAGUCCGUGCAAUCACAGGCUUCCACAGAGGGCCUGGCUGAAUUUCACCUCACUGACCUAAAAACCGACAAUGCUGGAGAGUACACCUGUGAGUACUACAGACUAGGGAGCCCGUACGUAAGUUCGCAGCCCAGUGAUGUCCUCCUACUGCUGGUGACAGGAGAUUUAAUAAAACCUUCCCUCCAAGCCCACCCAAGGGGGGAGGUGACCGCAGGAGACACUGUGACCCUGCAGUGCCAGAGGCCAGACAAUAUUUUCGUGCCUGUAAUGUUCGCUCUACUGAAGGCGGGGGCAGCAGAGCCCAUACGGGUCCAGAGUCCUGCAGGGAAGGAGACGGACUUCUCCCUCCGGACUGUGACAGUCAGUGAUGCCGGGAACUACAGCUGUGUGUACUUUCUGAUGAGGGCUCCCUUCCUGACCUCACAGCCUAGUGAUCGUCUUGAGAUCCGGGUGACAGCUCCCCCAGGUGCCACGUCGGGGGAUUACACCACGGGCAACCUCAUCCGACUGGGUCUGGCUGCCAUGAUUGUGCUGAUCAUGGGGGCUCUCGUGGUGGAAGCCUGGUGCAGCCAGAAGGCGUCUCCACGUGGAUCGACAUGA